UCAAUAUUCGUUAACCCGAAGAUUCAGAAGUUCCCAAAAACCUUAAAAACCCUAAACUGAAGAUCCUCAAUCCCUCCUCUUUCCAUUUCACAUUUCACCAUUUUUGUUCCCAAUGAUGUACGGUGGAGAUCCUCAGCAUCACCAGCGCCCGCCGCCGGGGCCGCCAAUGCCCCCACCGCCGCAGCACCCGAAUCCUCACCAAUUCCACAACCAACAACAGCCACACGAUUUCCCGCGGGGCCCCCACCCCCCGCCGGGUCCGCCUCCGCCUCAGAUAAUGCGUCAACCCUCUGCUUCCUCCACCACCCUUAACCCUCCCCCACCUGAUUUUCACCACCACCAGCAGCAUCCACCUGCUCAGCCCCCUUUCUCCAUGCAGCCGCCUUACGACGCUCAUGCCGACAGUUUUGCUGCAAAAAGAAUGAGAAAAAUUGGUCAAAGACGGGCAGUUGACUAUACGAGCACGGUUGUGCGGUAUAUGCAGAUUCGCAUGUUCCAGCGAGACUCAAGGGAUAGGACUGUAUUGCAACCUACGCCAGCGGCUGCUAUUGAUAUGUUGCCUACUGUUGCCUACUUAGAUAACCCAUCCACCAGUUUUGCAGCAAAGUUUGUACAUACUUCGUUGAACAAAAACCGAUGUUCAAUCAAUCGAGUUCUGUGGACUCCUAGUGGGAGACGUCUUAUUACCGGAUCUCAGAGUGGGGAAUUCACACUGUGGAAUGGGCAAUCUUUUAAUUUUGAAAUGAUACUACAGGCUCAUGAGCAAGCAGUCAGAUCAAUGGUAUGGAGUUAUAAUGAGAACUGGAUGGUCACUGGGGAUGAUGGUGGUUCCAUAAAGUACUGGCAAAAUAACAUGAAUAAUGUCAAAGCUAACAAAUCUGCGCAUAAAGAAUCAGUUCGUGGGUUAAGCUUCUGUAGGACAGAUUUGAAGUUUUGCUCUUGUUCUGAUGAUACUACUGUUAAAGUCUGGGACUUUGCUAGGUGCCAGGAAGAGCGCUCAUUAUCUGGCCAUGGUUGGGAUGUAAAAUGUGUUGAUUGGCAUCCUACAAAGUCAUUAUUGGUUUCAGGUGGGAAAGACAACCUUGUCAAACUCUGGGAUGCCAAGUCAGGGAGAGAGCUCUGUUCAUUUCACGGCCACAAGAAUACGGUUCUUUGUGUGAAAUGGAACCAAAAUGGUAACUGGGUUUUAACAUCUUCAAAGGAUCAAAUUAUCAAGCUUUAUGAUAUAAGGGCGAUGAAGGAGCUUGAAUCUUUUCGUGGACAUCGUAAGGAUGUUACUGCAUUGGCUUGGCACCCAUUUCAUGAAGAAUACUUUGUUAGUGGGAGCUUUGAUGGAUCAAUUUUUCAUUGGCUAGUUGGGCAUGAAACUCCCCAGGUUGAGAUACAGAACGCGCAUGAUAACAGUGUUUGGGACCUUGCAUGGCAUCCCAUUGGAUAUCUUCUCUGCAGCGGUGGCAAUGAUCACGCAACAAAAUUUUGGUGCAGAAAUAGGCCUGGAGAUCCAGCUCGUGAUAAAUUCAAUACGGGAUCCAAUCAAGCUUUUGCUGAGCAGAGCCCUGCUCUGGGAGGCCGAGUUCCUGUUCCUUUCCAGGUGCCUGAGGGCCCCACAACUCCUGGACCAUUUGGAGCUGGGUUGGCUCGGAAUGAAGGAACGAUCCCUGGCAUUGGUGUUGCCAUGCCACUAACUAUUCCAUCUCUUGAUUCAUCUGCUCAAGGAGACCAGAACCCACCUAUAUCAGGUUCAAUGCCCUUAGGGGCUCCUCCUCUGCCACCUGGUCCACAUCCAUCUCUUCUUGUGGGCAACCAACAGCAGCCUUAUCAACAAAAUGCUCCACCAGGCCAGCACCAAUCCCUACCUCAGCAAAUGUCCUCUCUGCCAUUACCGCCACCAAAUUUGCCUCAGAUGCAACCUCCUUCACAUUUACCUUUGUUACCACAUCCUCAUCUACCUCGCCCUCCACAUCAGCUACAACCACUUAAUAUGUCUGCAAAUGCACCAUCUUCAAUGCCAGGAUCUUUGCCUAUCCAGUCAAUGCCUAGUUCAAUCCCUGGGCAAAUGCCUGGUCCAAUGGGGAUACAGGGUGGUAUGAAUCAAAUGAUUCCUCCAUUGCCCCAAGGCCACUUUAUGGGAAUGAAUCCUAUACCUUCUGGAUCUGGUCCACCUGGAAAUAUGCCUCCAGGCGGAGUUCCAAAUGGAUUACCUAACAUGCAGGGGCAAUCAAAUCAAGGUGGUAAUCAAAUAUAUCAACCAGGGGGUGGCUUCAACAGGCCACAAUCUGGGCAGAUGCCAAUGAUGCCAGGAAUGAAUCCGUACCAGUCUGGAAAUCCAAAUACUCCUGGAAUGCAAUCAAGUUUUGGUAUACAAUCCGGGAUUCCUCCACCACUGCCUCCUGGUCCCCCACCACAUGGUCAAGCUCAUCAGUAGACCCUGUUUGUGGAAAUUGAGGAUAAAUUUAUGGCGAUGACUCAAUAAUGGAUUCAGAUGCACUUCCCUGUGCCCCAGUUUGUUAGGGAAGGAAAUCAUAGUGUCUUAGAGAGUUUGCACACUAGUGAUAGGUGUGGAAUCGAAGUAAGAAUGACAAUGAGCCCCUGUUGCCAGCCAUGCCAAUUAAAUCAUUGCGUAUAGGAACAUAAAAUUAAGUAGAGUUUAGUGUAUACGGAUUUACUGAUAGAUGUGUAUCCUCUGAUAUAGCUGUUGUAGGUGAAAUGUAA